AUGUUUGCGCAGGGGACAGCAAACGAGACGCGUUCGGGGCAGACAACUCUGCGCAUUCUCGACCAGUUUCGCAACAGCAUCCGCGCGCGACAGGUCUCGUUGGCCGCGCUAUGCAACGGCGAGUGGUGCAACGCCGUGCACAUUGACGGUCGCGUAGCAAAGACGCUUGCUUUUGGUCUCCCUGUGCAGCUCACUUCGAGACCGAGUAUCUUGAAUUUGGCGUCCUCCCCCCUUGGCCUGUUCCUUGGCAUGUCGAUCCGAGCGCUGCAGCUGUCGGGUAUCGACCUCGCCCGAACACCACCCUGUCCCACUGCACUGGCCCAAGGAGACGACGAGGGAGCAGAACCGAAGAGCAGCGAUUCCAAUGUUCAACCUGACGCGCCUGCUGCCGACCAACGCACUAGCGACGGCCCCAGCGGCAGCUCCACCGUACCCAUGACCAGGCAACACCCCGGGUCGUCUAGCACGACAACGGCACGGCCAGAAGACCAGAUAGCCACUCUGCCCACGCCACCACCCUCACCCUCUGGGCUCAACAUCACCGGCAGGGCCGUAGAUUGCUUCUGUGGCACCGCGCCCCAUCCCCUCAGGUUUCUCCCCCUUGGCAGCGACCAUUCCUCCAAGACGGCCCGUAUCCGCCUCGGACCCGAGCGCGGCAAGGGGGCCAUCUGGAGUGCCUACGACGCAACCGUCGAGACCGACACGGCUUCAUACGCUGGCCUGGUGUGGAAGGAGCACAUACCCCUCUUUGUGCCAACCGAGGAGGAGAGCCGCCAUGUCAAGUAG